AAAUUUUUCAUUCUUAUGGCGGCUGUCGGCGAUUAAAGUAUGGCAUCCACUUUAUUUUUUUCAUCGUCAUUUAGAAUUUAAUCGAAUGAUUUUAUUUGGUUACGUAUAACAAAUAUUUUAUUUUACUGAUACAAAGUGCAUUAUCGUGAGACAAAGACAAGAACUUUACUAAUUUAGUUCGUGUAGAAAAUUUUCAUCGCUCAUUAGUGUGUUUGAAGACCAGUUUCAGUAAGAAAAGACAUAGUAAGAGGAAAAAAAACAUUUAAAUAUGGCCGAUGGUGUAGAUAUUGAUUUAUACUCUGAUGAUAUAGAUCAAAAUUUUACGCAAAUGAAGGAAGGUGACUAUGUUGGAGAUGAUGAUCUAUAUGAUGACGUAGUUGCAGCCCCUUCAUCCGAACCGCAUGAGCGUAAUGAAAAUGAAAAUGGUUCAAUUGCACCGGCUGAACGUUCCGAUGGAAAUGAUGCAAAUGGCAGUUAUUCUCACAUGGGAAACACAUUUGCACCAAAUCAUCCUGGGCGCCGCCAUCAAUUAUACGUCGGCAAUUUAACAUGGUGGACAACGGAUCAGGAUAUAACCGAUGCCGUUAAUACGAUUGGUGUUACUGAUUUUCAAGAGGUGAAAUUUUUCGAGAAUCGUGCAAACGGCCAAUCGAAAGGAUUUUGUGUGAUAACACUUGGCUCGGAGCCGAGCAUGCGCAUGUGUUUAGAGCGACUUCCAAAAAAUGAACUGCAUGGCCAGAAACCGAUUGUCACAUUACCAACGAAAGCGGCACUAGCUCAAUUUGAGAGUCAACAAAAAACUCGUCCAAUUCCACCAACAACAAAUCCAUCGAGGGGACAAGCACCAAUGCAACCGGGACCAAUGCAAGGCAACUUCCCUCAAGGUCCGCAAGUUCAUGGGCCACCACGUAUGAUGAUGCCGAAUGGACCAUCUGGACCUGGUUUUCGACCUCAGCAUAUGCCACCACAAAAUAUGGGAAUGCCGCCAAAUCAAGGCCCACCUCGAAUGCAGCAACCAAUGAUGCAAGGAAGACCAAUGGGUCCACAAGGUCAAGGACCACAAGGAAUGCCACGAUUUCCAAAUCAAAACCAAUGGAAUCCACGUCAAAAUGGUCCACGUCCAAUACCAAACGGACCCCCAGGCAAUGGUCCGCCUCAGCGACCAAUGUUUCAGCCAGGUGGCAUGCCACCGAGAGGUCCAAGGGGCGAUUGGAAUCGCCCGCCAGGAAACAUGCAUCAAGGUGGUUUUCAAGCAUAUAUGCGGAGAGGUAUGCCAAAUCAAUCGAAUAUGAAUAUGCAAGGUCCACCACGUGGUCCACCAAAUCAACAGAUGGGUCCUGGUGGCCCAAAUAACAUGGGCCAACAACAAAUGCCCGCACCACACGUGAAUCCAGCAUUCUUCAAUCAAAAUUCAGGUCCGCCGCAAGGACAUCCACAUGGUCAUCCAAAUUCAGGUAUGAAUCAGCCACCACAGAAUAUGCCACAUAGUGGCCCACAACAUUUCCCUCCUAUGGAUAAUGGACCACGUUUCCACAAUGCGGUAAAACCACAAUCGAUACCACCAACAAAUCAAUUCCCCGAACAACCCAUACAUCCGCAAAUGAGCGAAGCUGAAUUUGAAGAAAUAAUGACACGUAACCGUACUGUUAGCAGUUCAGCUAUCGCACGAGCUGUUUCGGAUGCAGCUGCUGGUGAAACUAUGAGCGCCAUCGAAACGCUCGUUACAGCCAUUUCGUUGAUUAAACAAUCAAAAGUUGCUCACGAUGAACGUUGUAAGAUUUUAAUCAGUUCACUGCAAGACACAUUGAAUGGUAUCGAGAGUAAAUCAUACAGGCGAAGUCGAUCAAGAGAUCGAUCACAUCGUGGAGGUUCGGACCGUCGUCCACGGCGUUCAUCGCGUGAAAGAAGCACGUCAAAAGAUAGGUCACGAUAUCGCGAACGUUCACGUGAACGAAGCGGACGAAGCUAUUAUGAAAGUGGAAGUUCAUAUAGAGAUGCAAGAUCUAGAAGUCGCGAUCGCAAUGUUUCUGGUACAUCUGGUGCUGGAAAUAGCAGUGGCGAUCACUAUAGCGAAAGAUCGAAUCGUCCAAGAAACAAGUCCCCCGAUACGGGUGAUCCAAGUGAAUCAUCGAAACGAAGCUAUUAUGAUGAAAGGUACAAUCGAUCGUCAAGAGACAGAGACCGUGACCGUCGUGACGAUCGUGAACAUCGCGGUCGCCAUUGAGCUAAAUGGCGUCAUUUCAUGAAAAAUAAAUUCAUUCAUAUAGGUACAUACAGUUUUUUCAUAAUAUUUCUCACCGAGGAUAAUCAUCUCAAUAACGGCAAAUAUACUUGGUGUCAUUCUCCAAACAAUUAUAUUAAUUAAAUCUAAAGAAGAGACUAUAAACUCAACGCAGCCAGCAAAUGGAAAUACAAAAUCGAAAUUAUUCGAAUAGAUUCCGCAAACUAACGAUAGUGAAAAAAGGAAACGUACACAACAAUAACAACAAAAUUUAAUUAUAUGGUUUAAACUAAUUAGUAUUAACGUUAGAAAAACAUACUUUUUAUCUGCGUACACAUUUAUUGCUGAAUAAAAAUCUUUCAAAUGCAACAUAAUUAACGUGCUGCUCCAAUGUAAUGAGAUGACAAAACGUGAAAAUGUUGAACAACUCGUUUUAA